GCGGGUCCGGAGCGGCGGGGAGCGGCGGGGAGCUGCGGGGCUGGCGAAGCCGCGGGCGCGGGGAGCCCUCGGCCGCGCCCCCGCAAAAGCUCCGCGCCCCCCGCUCCGCGGCUUGGCCGCGCAUGGACGCGCGUUCCCGUCUGCACCUAUGCUGUUUGGAGAUGACAACCAAAAGGAAAAUCAUCGGCCGCCUGGUCCCCUGCCGCUGCUUCCGCGGCGAGGAGGAGAUCGUCUCCGUCUUGGAUUACUCUCACUGUGGCCUACAGCAGGUGCCAAAGGAGGUCUUUAACUUUGAGAGGACGUUAGAGGAGCUUUACCUCGAUGCCAAUCAAAUUGAAGAGCUACCCAAGCAACUGUUCAACUGUCAAGCUCUACGCAAGCUGAGCAUACCAGACAAUGACCUCUCGAGCCUGCCAACCACUAUUGCUAGCUUAGUUAACCUCAAGGAGCUUGAUAUCAGCAAAAAUGGUAUUCAAGAUUUCCCUGAAAAUAUUAAAUGUUGUAAGUGUUUAACAAUUAUUGAAGCCAGUGUCAAUCCCGUCUCAAAGCUGCCAGAUGGCUUCACACAUCUUCUAAAUUUGACCCAGCUCUAUCUAAACGAUGCCUUCUUGGAGUUUCUUCCAGCUAACUUUGGAAGACUUGUCAAAUUGCGAAUUUUGGAGUUAAGAGAAAACCACUUGAAAACUCUACCAAAGUCAAUGCACAAACUGACUCAGCUGGAGAGGCUUGAUCUGGGCAAUAAUGAAUUCUCUGAACUGCCUGAGGUUCUUGAACAAAUCCAGAAUCUGAAGGAAUUGUGGAUGGACAACAACUCCCUGCAAAUACUACCCGGGUCUAUAGGGAAGUUAAAACAGCUGGUGUACCUGGAUGUGUCAAAAAACAGGAUAGAAACUGUUGACUUGGACAUAUCAGGAUGUGAAGGACUUGAAGACCUCCUCUUGUCAUCCAACAUGUUGCAGCAGCUGCCAGACUCCAUAGGGCUGCUGAAAAGACUGACGACCUUAAAAGUGGAUGACAACCAGCUCACCAUCCUGCCAAACGCCAUUGGAAAUUUGUCUUUGUUAGAAGAGUUUGACUGCAGCUGUAACGAGUUGGAGUCCUUACCUUCCACCAUCGGCUACCUUCACAACCUGAGGACCUUGGCUGUGGAUGAGAAUUUCCUGCCUGAGCUGCCCAGAGAAAUCGGGAGCUGUAAGAACGUGACGGUGAUGUCUCUGCGCUCAAACAAGCUGGAAUUCCUUCCUGAUGAGAUCGGGCAGAUGCAGAAGCUGAGAGUGCUAAACCUGAGUGAUAACAGACUGAAGAAUUUACCCUUCACUUUUACCAAACUUAAAGAACUUGCAGCUUUGUGGCUUUCUGACAACCAGUCCAAGGCUCUCAUUCCACUGCAGACUGAAGCUCACCCUGAAACAAAGCAGAGAGUGCUGACUAACUACAUGUUUCCCCAGCAACCCCGCAGUGAUGAAGAUUUCCAGUCAGACAGUGACAGUUUUAACCCUACUUUGUGGGAGGAGCAGAGACAGCAGCGGAUGACUGUUGCCUUUGAAUUUGAAGAAAAAAAGGAAGAGGAGGAAAAUCCAGGGAAAGUGAAGGUUGAAAUCAAUCUGAAACGUUAUCCCACUCCCUACCCAGAGGAUUUAAAGAACAUGGUCAAGUCAGUUCAAAAUCUGGUGGGGAAAACAAGCCAUGGAGUGCGCCCUGAGAACUCAGCACCAACUGCCAACAGUGACCAAACAGUGAAAGACAAAUACGAGCACAAGUGGCCCAUGACACCCAAGGAGAUUUCAGUGGAGGAUGCCUUUGGACAUCCUGCCAGUGAGAUGAGGAUAGGAGAGCUUCGUCCUUCCAUGCCAGAGACUCCAUUGUACCCUCCCAAACUUGUUCUUCUGGGUAAAGACAAGAAAGAAUCCACAGACGAGUCUGAAGCAGACAAGAUCCAUUGUCUGAAUAACAGCGUUUCCUCAGGCACUUACUCAGACUAUUCCCCUUCCCAGGCUUCCUCAGGGUCCUCCAAUGCGCACGUUAAAAUGGGGUCCUUGCAGACAACGGCUAAAGAAGCAGUGAAUAACUCUUUGUGGGGGAACAGGCUGGCACAGUCCUUUCCACAGCCCAUUGAAACCAAGCCAUUGCUGAGCCAGCGGGAGGCAGCUCCGGCGGUGAACCUGCCGCAGCGCACGGACAGGCGCCCGCUGAGCGACGCCUUCAGCGACAGCUGGAACGACAGCUCGCACUAUGACAACACGGGCUUCGUGGCCGAGGAGAGCACGGUGGACAACCCCAACGCCAACGCCCUCCUGAGCACCAAAACCAGAAGCACAGCGGCACACGCCCGCAGGCCAUUGAUCAGGCAAGACCGGAUAGUUGGCAUCCCUCUGGAGCUGGAGCAGCCCACGCUGCGAAACACACACGAAUCUGAAGUGCCUCCUCCCAACCCUUGGCAAAAUUGGACCAGAACUCCUAGUCCUUUUGAAGACAGGACAGCUUUUCCUUCCAAACUGGAAAGCACCCCCACCACCAGCCCUUUGCCUGAGCGGAAAGAUCACAUCAAGGAGUCUCCUGAGAUGACUAGCUCCUUCCCUCCAGGAAUAGCAUGGGAGUACCAUGAUUCGAACGCCAACCGGAGCCUCACAAACGUUUUUUCCCAUAUCCACUGUCGCCCAGAUCCUCCCAAAAAUGUGAUCUCCAUCAGCAAGAGCACGGAACGGCUUUCUCCCAUGAUGAGGGAUUUGAAAACGAACAAAUUCAAGAAGUCGCAAAGUAUCGAUGAGAUAGACAUUGGUACAUACAAAGUGUACAACAUCCCCUUAGAAAACUAUGCAUCCGGUAACGAUACUGUAGGAACCCACGAGAGGGUGGACAAGCUGCUGGGCCCGGAGCACGGCAUGCUGAGCAUGUCCCGCAGCCAGUCGGUCCCCAUGCUGGAUGAUGAGCUGCUGACCUACGGCAGCGUCAAGGUGCAGCCACAGCAGAAGCCAUCCAUCACGAAGAAAGUCUACCAGUUCGACCAAAGCUUCAACCCACAGGGAGCAGUGGAGGUCACAGCAGAGAAGAGGCUACCCCAGCCUUUCCAGCUCAACCCCGAGUACAUUCCCCAGCAGAGUAAAAACCUGCCCCAGGAUUUGGUCAGCCCCAGGGCGUACCGCGGCUACCCGCCUGUGGAGCACAUGUUCUCCUUCUCCCAGCCUUCGGUGAACGACGAGACGGUUGCUCCCCCCUUUGCAACUCAAGGCUCCCGGCCAGGCUUCUUGAGGAGGGCAGAUUCAUUGGCCAGCUCCACCGAGAUGUCCAUGUUCAGGAGAGUCAGUGAGCCCCACGAGCUGCCCACAACCGACAGGUAUGGCAGGCCUCCAUACCGAGCAGCUGUGGAGCGCCAGGGCAGCAUGGCGGUCUCUGAAUCUCAGUUCCUCAAGAGGAACGGCAGGUACGAAGACGAGCAUCCUUCCUACCAAGAAGUGAAAGCCCAGACUGGGAGCUUCCCAGUUAAAAACCUUACUCAAAGGCGGCCGUUGUCUGCAAGAAGCUACAGUACAGAGAGCUACGGCACAUCCCAAACCAGGCCGGUUUCAGCGAGGCCUACAAUGGCAGCUCUGCUGGAAAAGAUACCUUCAGACUAUAACUUGGGUAACUAUGGCGACAAGCCUUCCGAUAACAGUGAUAUAAAGACAAGGCCUACCCCUGUGAAGGGAAAUGAGAGCUGUGCUAAAAUGCCCGCUGACUGGAGACAACAGCUACUUAGACAUAUAGAAGCUAGAAGGUUAGACAGGACCGCUGCUUACAAACACAACACAGUUAGCCUUGGCAUGCUGCAGUCUGGAGGGUUUUCAGCAAUGCAUGCCGGCAGAAGCAUGACUUUAAACUUGCAGCCUAAAUCUAAAUUUGAAAACCAAAUGCUUCAAGAGCUACCUCUACCGAAAACCCCGUCGCAGCAGAGCAGCAUUCUGGACAACGGGCAGGAGGAGGUGACAGUGGGCAGCCAGUGGAACCCCUACCCGCUGGGGCGGCGGGACGUGCCGCCGGACACCGUCGCCAAGAAGGCAGGUAGCCACAUCCAGACCCUAAUGGGAUCGCAAAGCCUGCAGCACCGGAGCCGCGAGCAGCAGCAGCAGCAGCAGCAGUACGAAGGCAGCAUGAACAAGGUCACCAUCCAGCAGUACCAGCCACCACUGCCCAUCCAGAUCCCCUCCUCCCAGACCUCCAGGGCGCCACAGACAGGCAGAUGUUUAAUCCAAACCAAGGGGCAGAGGAGCACAGAUGCCUACCAGGAGCAGUUUUGUGUGAGGAUAGAGAAGAAUCCUGGCCUUGGAUUUAGUAUCAGUGGUGGAAUAAGUGGACAAGGAAAUCCAUUCAAACCUUCUGAUAAGGGUAUCUUUGUUACUAGGGUUCAGCCUGAUGGACCAGCAUCCAGCCUGCUCCAGCCUGGCGACAAGAUCCUCCAGGCCAACGGGCACAGCUUUGUACAUAUGGAACACGAGAAAGCUGUUCUACUACUGAAGAGUUUCCAGAACACAGUAGACCUAGUUAUUCAACGUGAGCUUACUGUCUAAAUAUUUUUUUAUCAAUAGCAAAUAUGUCUAAGCCAGACCUAAUGUUCAAACAGAUUUAUAUACAUAGGAGAAAAACAAAAAAAAAAGAAACAUUUUUUUGUUUGCCAAUUGCUGGACCAAUGGCAAAGGGUAGUGCCAAAAUGUAUCAUAUUCUAUGUUAGUUCCAAUCACCUGGGAGAAGAAAAAUAAAUUAAAAACCAACCAAACAAACAACAACCCCCCCAAAAAAUAUAUUAAUUAUAUCAAGAUGUUGUUCACGUGGCUAGUUAUUAGUUUUAAUUGUCAGCCUCUGGCUGUGCAUUGGUGCAGGGUUUUGGUUUGGUUUGUUUUUUAGAAUCGAUUUAAUAUGAUUUGGAAACACAGAAGCACAUUUAAAAGAAAAGAAAAAAAUCCUUUAGGAAUUCUGCUGUCCAUCAAAAACACUGCCUCGAAGUUGUAUAUGCCUUUAUAAAGAGAAAAGUAAUAAUAAUAAUAAUAUAUUAAGCUGUACUUCCCGUGAGAUAUUUCUAUCAUGUCACAUACAGAGAAUAAAAAAAAAGAGAGAGAGAGAAAAAAAAUAAAGAUAAUAUUUUCCUAAGCACCUCAAAGAAAGUAUAUAUUAAAUUAAAUGUACUGAUGUUGAUUUAUUUUCAAUGCAAAGAUGUUCUAUGCCUUAUGAAAAUACCUGUACAUAUGCAGUGUGUAGAGCUGGCUCCUGAUUAAUUAGUCCAAACUGGCACUAGACAGGGUGAGAGAACUGAGAUUCCACUCUCCACUUGGGGACCUAGAGAGGAAUAACCCCAUGGGGGAACUGGUUUAACUUCUUCCUUUGCUUUGGUACUUCCAGUUGGUUCCAUGUGAAGAUACUUCAUGGAUCAGCAGUGAGCUGAGGCAGGUCUGGGGGAGAAACAGGGGAAGGUUGUGAUGGGCAGCAGUAAAACUGCUUCUGUUGCUGCUAACUUUAUAGAUUCAUAGAACGGUUUGGGUUGGAAGGGACAUUAAAGAUCACCUAGAUCCAAACCCCCUGCCACAAUCAGGGACGCCUCCCACCAGCCCAGGUUGUUCAAGGUCUCAUCCAGCCUGGUUGUGAACACUUCCAGGGAGGGGGCAUCCGUGACCUCCCUGGGCAACCUGUUCUAGUGUCUCAUCACCCUCACUGUAAAGAAUUUCUUCCCAAUCUGAUCAUUCAACCUGCUAACUGACACCUGCAGGCCCUGUACUUACAUUCCUCAUACCCUCUCAGUCUGACCUUCUCCUCUAUUUCCACCCUGCUCCAGGCUGUGCUGCUCCCUGCUUGCUGUGGUCACCAUCACUGUGGGUUUAACCUUUACAC